UUCCUUCCUUCCUUCCUCUGUCCAGCUAAGCCGAACAUCCGCAUUUUCCCUGUGGCUCCUCAGAACACUCCAGAUCCCAUCAUGCUCGCCUGCAUGGCAUGGGGCUUCUACCCAGGGGAUGUCAACAUCACCUGGCUGUGGAAUGGGGACCCUGUGAAGGAUCAUCUGGGCCCCCCGCAGGUCACCAGCAACGGCGACUGGAGCUACCAGGCUCAGCUGAGAUUGCCGGUCGACCCCCAGCAGGGCGGGACCUACACCUGCUCCGUGGAGCACACCAGCCUCGCUGAGCCCCUCACCCAGGACUGGACCCCAGGUAUCCCCUCAGAGCUCUGGAUCAAAAUUGGCAUCUCGGUUGCCAUGCUGGUUGUGGGGAUUGUCGUCCUAGUGACCGGCGUGGUCUUCUGGAAGCGGUCCAGGGUCCAAGGAUACACCCCCCUGGAAGGCGACACCUACCCGCAGGAAGGUCAGUAGCGUUUGGACUCCCCCCAGUGGCCACUACCUGUCCCUCCUGGACGCCGGAGACCCCAAGCCUUUGCCCCAGGGGUCUCAGCCCCUUCCCUCCCUGCAGACCGCCUUUGUGCAUACUGAGAGCUGUUGCCGUCGCAGAAUAACCCGGGCACCCUCGCCACCCCCCACUCCUGCUGAUGCACAUGAAGGUGGAAUGCCUGGGGGCCCCACUUGGCUCAGUGUGUCGGCUCUAGCAGAACCCCCUCCCCUCCACACCCAUCUUCUCCCCCCAGGCAGGCCACCCUGCAAGUGGGCUCUUGAAAUAAACGCUGCUCCCCGA